AUAUCAAUCCAGACUAACUAUCGAGCCCAGAGUGUCAUAGGUCGCUUACUUCCUCGAAGACUUCAGUGUUUACCAAUUGUAACAUUUCGUCCGUGUUGAAUAGAAAUAUAUCCAAUGAAUUAUUAUUGAUUGCAAAACGACAAUAAGCCAGGAAAUAUGGGCUCUCGAAGGUGGUUUCAUGGUCGUAUCACAGGCCACGAUGCCGAGCGACUUCUUUUAGAGAGAGGUUUCGAUGGUAGCUUUUUGGUACGGCCAAGUCAAAGUAACCCGGGCGAUUUUACCUUGUCUGUUAGACGUGGGGAUGAAGUAACACACAUUAAGAUCCAAAACAGUGGGGAUUUCUAUGAUUUAUAUGGUGGCGAAACGUUUGCCACCCUUUCGGAACUGGUUUUGUAUUACACUGAAUCACGAGGACAACUAAGAGAAAAAACUGGUGAAACCAUCAAUCUAAAAUAUCCACUUAACUCAACAGAUCCUACAACAGAAAGGUGGUUUCAUGGCCAUAUCUCUAGCCGAGAAGCAGAGACGGUGAUGCUUGAUAAAGGCAAAAAUGGCAGCUUUCUUGUUCGUGAAAGUCAAAGUAAACCAGGGGAUUUUGUCUUAACUGUUCGCAUCGAUGAUAACGUCACACAUGUAAAAAUUCGCUUCGAUGGCUCUCACUAUGACGUCGGUGGUGGGGAGAAGUUUUUCAGCCUAAAAGAUCUUGUUGAGCAUUAUAAGAAGAGUCCCAUGGUGGAAAAGAGUGGUCGCGUUGUUCAGCUUAGAGUGCCAUACAAUGCUACCAGAAUCAACGCCUCGAGUAUCGAAGACAGAGUUAGUGAAUUGUCCAAAGAUAAUGGAAAUGUGGACGGCAAAGGAGGAUUCUGGGAAGAAUUUGAAAAUCUCCAGCAACAAGAGUGCAAGCACUUGUAUAAAAGAGAUGAAGGAAGAAAACCUCAAAAUAAGUCUAAAAAUCGAUACAAGAAUAUUCUUCCUUUUGAUCAUAGCCGUGUGGUGCUUUCUCUCCAAAACGAAGAAGGUCACGACUACAUUAACGCAAACUACAUCAAUGGCUUACUCGAUGGCCAAGAAAAACGAUACAUUGCAACGCAAGGUUGUCUACCUGUUACAGUCAACGACUUUUGGGCGAUGAUAUGGCAAGAUAACUGUCGUGUGAUUGUCAUGACAACCAAGGAAGUCGAAAGGGGUCGAACAAAAUGUACCCGUUAUUGGCCAGAUGAUAAACAAAUGAUCAAAAUUUAUGGAAAAUUCAGCGUGAUGUUAAAAGAGGAAGAACACACAGCAAACUAUAUUUUCAGAGAAAUGAAAGUUUGGCCAGAGGCGACGCAAAGUGUUGAACCACGAAGUGUAUAUCAGUUUCAUUACAUGGGAUGGCCUGAUCAUGGUGUACCUGAUGAUCCUAGCUCCGUCCUGAAUAUCCUCGAUGAUGUUAACCUCAAACAGGAUCAUAUUCAAGGCGCAGGACCAAUCGUUGUACAUUGCAGUGCUGGCAUUGGUAGGACUGGUACGUUCAUUGUCAUAGAUAUGUUGAUACAUAUUCUCAAGGAGCAAGGCUUAAACAGUGAAAUUGAUAUCAAACAAGCCAUAUUAAACGUAAGGGCGCAGAGGUCAGGAAUGGUACAGACAGAGGCUCAAUAUAAGUUCAUAUACAUUGCACUGCAGUAUCAUAUUUCUUCUGAGAAUAUUCGCCUGGCUGGUCGUUCUCAACUAGACCUCUCUCAGCUACACGUCAGUUCCUUUGAUAACGAAGAACCAACUCCUCCAAUACCAGUCCGUAGCUUUCCAAGGGGCUCAAACAGGAAAAAUAGCGGUCGCUCUCAAUUUCCUCGACCAACUCAACCACCUCCCGCGUCUGUGUCUGAGACUGUGAACGGUUCCCAGACUCACAAUGGCGUUUUAGAAGAAGAGGCGCCUCCCAUCCCUGCGAGAACAAUUGUUUCACAAGUAGAUGGGAGUGUGGCAUAGUUUUUCGUAAGAACAAAUCGCAGAGUAUUUAUACGUGCAAAUUUUUUAUAUCGAUCUUUGGUGUACAGCGUAAGAUAGCAAUAGUGAUUAAAGGUAUCCACGAAAUAUGAACGAACAGUACGUGGUACUAAAAUAUUACCAAAGACGGAGCGAAUAACAUAUCAGUUGGUCGAUAAAUUUUGCAAAUUCUUGAUUUCUAAUCAAUCAAAUCAAGUGGUAACAAUAUUGAUCAAUCUAUAAAAGCUAAUUAUUAUGUGUUUUUUUGCUAAGCCAACUGCCUAAACUUUAUUAAUAAAUUACAUAAAAGAG